UGGGAACCUGUCUCAGGUAUACACUUGUUUUAUACUGGGUUUGUGUUGCAUUUCUUGCCUCAUUCUUAUCUCUUUUUGGGUUGUCUCAUCUUCCCUGGACUUGGUUUUGUCUUUCAAGUAUCUUUUUUUCUCUUUUUGCAUGCGGUCCCUGGAUGGGUUUUCUUUCCCCCUACUUAUAAUGAGCAUCUCGUGGUGUUUCAGGGCAUUUUUGUUUUUCCUCUUGUGUUCUUGGGUUGUUUUUCCUUUUCUGCAUCGGCACCCCUGGGCUGGGGUUAUUCUUACUAGAGAGCUUGUCUUCUUUUGGGCGAUUUUUUUCCUUCCUGUUUUGGGUUCCCUGGAUGGGAUUAUUCUUAUUAGAUAGUCUGCUUUCUUUUGGGCGAUUUUUUCCUUCCUGUUUUUUGUUUUGGGCUC